AUGGGUGGAGCAUUUUCGGAAAAACUCGACACAGACAGCGAUCGCAUUGUUGGAAAAAAGAGCGACUGUCUAAAAACGCAUGAAAUGAUCUCCGGAACAUAUAUCGAUAUGAAGAUUUGGCAGAACUUUCGUUCCUCCACCGAGGUUAGUCCACAGUCAUGCCAUAGGAGCUGCUGCUAUCCUAUCAAGAUGGUUCUCUCUCAAAUGUCUGAAAAAGAGUACUAA